CGCAGAUAGUAUUCUUAUGAAAACCCCCUGAGACUUAUAAUCUCCAGUCAUGACUAGCCCAGAUGAUUUAAAGUUUCAGGAGUUUGAUGAAGCCGCAGAUCUCCUGUCUUCAAAUCCUGGAGCCUCAACCCUCAGCAUCUCCAGUCCAGCUGCUGAAGAGGUGAAAGUUAACCUGUCAGACGAUGAAGACAAUCAGCAAGAGAGUUCAGAGUUGCUUGGAGGUGAAAAACAAACUGGUGGUUUUUGGACGUUUGAAUACUAUCAGUCGUUCUUCAACGUAGAUACAUUGCAGGUGCUGGAUAGGAUAAAGGGCUCAGUUAUGCCUUUACCAGGACGGAAUUUCGUCAAACACCACAUUCGAAGUAACCCUGACCUAUAUGGUCCUUUCUGGAUCUGUGUGACUCUAGUGUUCUCGGUGGUCAUCAGUGGAAAUCUCUCCACAUUUCUGAGUAAGAUGGGAAACACAGAUUAUCACUACAGACCUGAAUUCCACAGAGUCUCGAUUGCAGCAGUUACUGUGUUCCUCUAUGCAUGGCUGGUGCCUCUAGGAGUUUGGGGCUUCCUUACGUGGCGUCAAAGUGUUGAGAGACAGAUCAGCGGUUACACGUUUUUAGAGACCGUGUGUGUCUACGGUUACUCUCUCUUCAUUUAUAUCCCUACCUCGAUAUUAUGGACCAUUCCCUUCAACUGGCUCCAGUGGCUGUUGAUUGUCAUUGCCAUGGUGAUCUCUGGCUCCGUGUUGGUCAUGACAUUCUGGCCAGCUGUUCGCGAUGAUACAAAACUAACGGCUUUCGCUACCAUGGCAGUUAUAGUGUCACUUCAUGCUCUUCUGGCUGUUGGCUGCAAGCUCUACUUUUUCCAAGUGGCAAUGUACACAGGACCAUCACACUCCGGACAACAGAUUACCCCAGCUUCAAAUCACACAUCACUUACCUCAGGAAAACCUCAAUGACCAACUGAACUCAAGGGUCUUUCGAUUCAAAGGACAUGGAAAAUGCAAUGAAGUAUGAGUUCUGAUAAGUGCACACAUGCAUUCCCAGCAAACAUUGAAAGUGUUUCUAGUCUGUAACUAACCCAGCAGAUCAAAUAACCUCCAUCAGAUCACAAGUAAAAUCUCAGUAAUGAUUUACUGAUGACUUUAGUUUGUACUAUUUUUCUUGAAUGCAUAGUGACCUGCCUGAUAUUAUUUUCCUCGAGUGUUAUGGUCACUUAUGUCCAUUUUUGUGUUUCUUUUAUUCAAAAUGAAGUAAUUUAAAAGUGUGAUCUUGCAUUACUGUGAACUGAUUUGAGGUUAACCCCUGACUGCUUUCUUUCCUUUCAAGGCUACUUUGUCUAAUUUUUCUGUAAAUUGAGAGAGGAAAUGCAUGUAUUAAGUAUCUAAUUUUGCUUUCCUGGGCAGUUUUUGGUUUGAUAACACUGUGGAUUAAAAUAAUUUUUGUCAGGGUGGA